CUUUUCAUUGGUCCCGUGAGGAUGCGGUGAACGAUGAUUGGAUGAAAGUUUCUCUUCGAGUCCUUACACCCCCACCCCGCAGAUAUUCGUGGUCCGGUGCUACUGUGAUUCCAGUUGUUUUCACAUCUCCACUCAAACAAAGAGACUCAGAGCUACUGUCUCUUUCAUCUCAGAGUAAAUGUGGUGAGUGAUGCGCAACUAACGAUCGACGCUCCUGUACAGCAAGGAGAAUAGAAGAAAGAAGGGCAGAAAUACACCUUGCUCUCUAGAGGAGAAAUAAGGGGAGACUUUCAGAAACUUCAGGCGGACUUGAUUAAGGUAAAGAACGAAAAUGGUGUCGGCCGGACUGGAGAUCCUGGGACUAUCGCUGUGCGUAAUUGGCUCGCUCCUGGUGAUGGUUUCAUGUGGGCUGCCCAUGUGGAAGGUGACGGCUUUCAUCGAAGCCAACAUCGUGGUGGCUCAAACGAUCUGGGACGGCUUGUGGAUGUCGUGUGUGGUGCAAAGCACGGGCCAGAUGCAGUGCAAGGUGCACGACUCUGUCCUUGCCCUAAGCCACGACCUGCAGGCGGCCAGAGCGCUCACUAUCAUCUCCUCUGUGAUGGGCGUGCUGGGGCUCAUGGUUGUCAUCGCGGGCGCGCAGUGCACCAACUGUAUCCGAGCCGAGUACGUCAAAGCCCGGGUUGUGAACGCCGGAGGGGCCGUCUUCAUCAUAAGCGGUGUGUUUGUGCUUGUGCCUCUCUGCUGGAUGGCCAACAACAUCAUAUCGGACUUCUACAACCCGCAGGUGCCCGCAUCCAAGAAGAGGGAGAUUGGCGCUGCACUCUACAUCGGCUGGGCAGCCUCUGCGCUGCUGCUGAUCGGAGGAGCGCUGUUGUGCUGCUCCUGUCCUUCCAGCGGGAACUCUGGAUACUCGGUAAAGUACGCACCGACCAAGAGAACCACGCCGAACGGGGACUAUGACAAGAGGAAUUAUGUGUAGUUAUUUGGCCAGCAGCAGGCGGUGCGUAAAAGUGUUCUGCAGCUUUUGAAAAACUGUUUUGUUGACGGACGUUAUCUUUUGCACCUGCUGUUUUUGUUUUUUAGAGAUGUGAACUUUGGAAAUCAAUGGAAGCACCUCUGCUGUUUUAACACUGGCCCUCACUUCAACACGCUCGGACCACAAAUUCACAAAUCCCUUUUUUCUACAGGAGAUUAAAAAUAAGACUAUAAACUACAAGAGGUAGCUCAUGACAAAAAGGAGUAUCUUUGUUAGGUACCUGCUUUUGUAAGUCUUCCAAAUUAUCAUUAGCAUUUUGAAUUGUUUACUGUUGUAACUGCGAAGUUUUUCUUUUCUAGAGGAACUCUUGCCAUCGAAUAUACACACUGUUCUUUUGCCUUGAUGUGCAUUGUCAGCACAGGCAUGCACAGUAUCCGAGAAUGAUUGCACUCCCACAAAGAACCAUUUCCUUUAAGGGAACUACGCCGACAUGUUGAGGACUCCAACAAUGUCAAAUAGCAAUAAAGAACGGAGAAGAAGAAAAGUGUAGACAUAUGAAAGACCUAAUAAAUCCCGGACAGGCUUUUGUGUUUGUUCCCAGGUCAAUGUCGGAGACUUUUUGAAGUUUGCAGUCUAAUUCCGGAUCUGCAGAGCGAGCAGGAAUCCUGGAUCAACAGGUCCCACUAUGAAAAGUUACAGUCCGUUAUUCGACUGCACUGAUCACCUGCGACGUUUUGCAUCACUGUCACAGCAGGACAUUUUUUUUUUUCCAAAACGUUUUAGGAAUAAACUUUCUUCUCCGUUGGUUUGUUAAUGUAAUGUUUCAUUAUUCGUGUAUAUGAAGAUGCAAUAUUGUUUCGUUUUAUUAAAAUUAAACUGAGUAUAUUGUCUAAAA